GCGAGGAGGAAGAAGAGGUCCUUCGGUUGAGGAAAAUGGCCGACGUCGAAAUGGAAAUCGCGUCGAGAAGAAUGAAUAAUUUCAACGAGCACGUGAAACAAGAAAUGGAAAGUCACGAGAGAAGUGGCAAUGAGGACAGUGGAGACGUUUCAGAGGAAGAGGAGGAAGAAGAGGAGGAGGCCGAGACCAACGGCGAGAAGCCUGAGGAAACCGCCAAGCAGCACGGUAGCAGCGGCGGCGGCGGCGGUGGAAAACACAAGCGAAAAAAACACAAGCAUCGUGGAAAACACAAGAAACACAAGCACGCCUCGGAGGAGGACAAAGAGAAGAAGCGCAAGCAUCGCCACAAACACAGGAAACACAAGCGCAACAAGGAGGGAGCCUCCCCCACCCCCGCCGCCGUCAUUAUGGCCUCGUCGGGACACAAGAAAGGUGAAAGCUCCCCCUCGUCGGGCAACCCCGGCCUGGACGACCGGGCGUUGCUGGAAGACCUGGAGAAGCAGAGGGCCAUGAUCAAAGCUGAGCUGGACAGUCAGCUGAUGGAGGGUAAAGUCCAGUCGGGCAUGGGCCUCAUCCUGCAGGGUUACAACUCGGGCUCGGAAGAGGACGGCGGAGAGGCCCGCGUCCGAAACGGGGAGCAGCGCCAGAGGGCCGCCGCGGGGAAAGUCAACUCCCCCCGCGCAGGGGGCGCCGCUAAAUCCAGACGGGACUCCACUGAUGGCAGCAGGACCACCUCCAAGCGCCACAGCCCCGGCAAGUCGACGGAGCGGCCCGCCAAGGAUUCCAGGCAGGACAAGGUGAGCAAAAGCGGCAAGGAUGCUAGCCUCAAGGACAGAGGACGUGCCAGGAGUGCCUCCAAGGAGAGGAAACAUUCAGACGCCACCGAGAGGGCCAAGGAGAGGAGCGGGAAGUCCCCCUCGGAGCAGAAAAGCGCCCGCGCCGACAAACAACGCCCUUCACCGCAACGGGAUGAACGGCACGCGCAGGAAAAGGGGCGGCCGCGAUCCCGCUCGCCCGGACGCGAGCGGCCCGCUCGCCUCGACGCCGAACGGGACAAGAGACCCACCAAGUCGCCGUCCAAGGACGCGUCGUCCGGCAAGGAGAACCGCUCGCCGCACCGACGGCCGCAGCGCAGCCCUGUCAGGAAGCGCAGCGUCUCGCCUCGCGCCAGAGACGCACGACAUGCCUCGGCUGGCGCAGCUGACCGCACCAGACCCAGGUCGCCGCUACCGCCCCCGCCCCCGAGGAGGGGGCGCUCGCCAGACCUCCGCAGGAGAGAAGCAGACAGGCAGGAUUCGCCACUCAGGAAACGACUUCGCGCUGAACCCGGGUCGGGUCGAGACCGCUCGCGAGACAAGAGUCCCCCGGUGUCCUCGCGCCGCCGUAUGAGCCGCUCGCCGCUCCGGCGGCGCUCCCCGUCGCUGCGACGACGCUCACGCUCGUCACCUCGCAGACGUAGCCGUUCUCCGCUGGUACAUAGAUCCGGUGAACGAGACCGAUACGGGAGGCUCCGGCAGUACCGGCGCUCCAUGUCACGCGAUCGCGACAGGAGACGACGACGACGCAGCAGAGACGAGGACAAGUUCAAAGGAAGCCUCUCGGAGGGUCAGAAGGUCGACCAGGAGUCCUCAGAAGAAGACAUGCUGGAUGACUUUGACAGCGAGGAGGUGGAUGAGGAGGCCUUGAUCGAACAGCGCCGGCAGCAGCGGAUGGCCAUCGUACAGAAAUACAAGGCGGCCGGCGAUGACUCCAACAUGAUGUCGGAGCCCAACAGCCCGCAGAGCAGCACACGCAGCCGCUCGCCGUCGCCCGACGACAUCCUGGAGCGCGUGGCCGCAGACGUCAAGGAGUACGAGCGUGAGAACCUCAACACCUUCGAGGCUAGCAUCAAGGCCAAGCACAACCUCAUCGCCCAGGAGAAAGACGGGGCCAACCCCAAGAAGCCGUCGGCACCGGAUAUGUUCACCGAGUCGGACGACAUGUUUGCUGCAGACUUUGAUAGUGCCCGGAUGAGAGCCUGUGGAGUCGGCAAGGACUUCAAGGAGAACCCCAACCUGAGGGACAACUGGACCGACGCCGAGGGCUACUACAGGGUCAACAUCGGCGAGACGCUGGACAAGCGCUACGACGUCUACGGCUACACGGGCCAAGGCGUGUUCAGCAAUGUGAUCCGGGCAAGGGACACGGCCAGGGCCGGUCAGGAGGUGGCCGUCAAGAUCAUCCGCAACAACGAGCUCAUGCAGAAGACGGGCUUGAAGGAGCUGGAAUUCCUCAAGAAGCUCAACGACGCCGACCCCGACGACAAGUUCCACUGCCUGCGCCUCUUCAGGCACUUCUACCACAAGCAGCAUCUGUGUUUGGUCUUUGAGCCGCUCAGCAUGAACCUGCGCGAGGUGCUGAAGAAGUACGGCAAGGACGUGGGGCUGCACAUCAAGGCCGUGCGCUCGUACAGUCAGCAGCUCUUCUUGGCCUUGAAGCUGCUCAAGAGAUGCAACAUCCUGCACGCCGACAUCAAGCCUGACAACAUCCUGGUGAACGAGUCCAAGACCAUCUUGAAACUCUGCGACUUCGGCUCGGCCUCUCACGUAGCCGACAACGACAUCACGCCUUACCUGGUCAGCAGGUUCUACCGAGCGCCGGAGAUCAUCAUCGGCAAGCCAUAUGACUACGGUAUCGACAUGUGGUCGGUGGGCUGCACGCUCUACGAGCUCUACACGGGCAAGAUCCUCUUGCCGGGCUCCUCCAACAACCACAUGAUCAAACUGGCCAUGGACGUCAAGGGCAAAAUGCCCAACAAGAUGAUCCGCAAAGGGUUGUUCAAAGACCAGCACUUUGACCAGAACCUCAACUUCCUCUACAUCGAAGUGGACAAAGUCACGGAAAGGGAGAAGGUGACGGUGAUGAGCACCAUCAACCCCACCAAAGACCUGCUGGGCGACAUGAUCGGCGGCCAGCGCCUGCCCGAGGAGCAGCGCAAGAAGGUGAUGCAGCUGAAGGACCUACUGGACGCCACUCUCAUGCUGGACCCUGCCAAGCGCAUCAGCAUCAACCAGGCCCUGCAGCACCCCUUCAUCCAGGAGAAGAUUUGACCAAACAUCGGCUGGGCCUCCUUCCUUCCUUCCUUCCAUCAAAUUUGUGUCGUUUACUGUAAAUACCACACGUCACCUUUUUUUCUUUUUUUAAGCGGCCCGGUCAUUGUAAACUUCCACAGUGACGCUUUAAAUUAAAUGACGUCAAAUCAGUGUAAAUAGUGGACGUCGAUGUGCAUGCCCGUGUACAAAUGGCAAGUUUGGAAGAAUCUGUUUUUGUUGUUGCUCUUUUCUUUCUUUUUUUAAAGCACUGUGGUGUGCUUGAGGCUCCUCAAGUGCCUCCUGCCGUGACAGCCGACCACUUUGCCUCUCCUCGUCCUCGUGUACAUAGACAUCGUCAUCGUCGUUCUUUCCUUCCCCCAUUCACAAAUUGAUGGUUUGGUGACGGUCCAAUCUUGUGAGUACAAUGAAGACUUCAGUAGUUGCUGUUCAGAGAGCACCUUCAAGAUACUUUUUAGUAAUAAAAAAUAUUUCCUAUUAUCAAA